AUGUUCUCUUCAACCAUCACCAAAGUAUUACGUAACAAUCAAGUUCGUUCAGCUCUCGUCUUCCCAGUAAGAAGAUACUCGACCCUCAGAUACUCAACCUCCCACGAAUGGGCUAGAAUGGACACAACAACCACUGCUACUGUUGGUCUUUCAGAGUUUGCUACUAAAACCCUUGGAGACAUUGUUUACAUUGAACUCCCAGUUGUAGGUAAGAAGCAUGCUGUUGGAGACACAAUUGCUGUUGUUGAAAGCACCAAGGCUGCCUCUGAGAUCUAUGCUCCAGUCGCCGGAGAAAUCACAUCUGUCAACAACGAACUCGAGGGCUCACCAGAAGACAUCAACGAAGAACCAACUGGAAAUGGUUGGAUUUGGAAAAUGUCAAAUGUAAACAAGGCCGAUUUCGACAAAUUGAUGGAUGAAGCUGCUUACAAAAAGUUUACCGAAGAACAAUAA